AUGCCAUCAUUUCGACUGCAGGGAUUCCAAUCGGUGAUCCGUGGCAACUCCCACCUGCUGCGUUAUCAGCAGCGCCGGUGGGCCCAGGUCCACGACGUCCGCUUCCUCGCCUCACACCACGACCCCAAGUAUGUCUUGGAAAGAUAUCGGUCCAAGCUGGACCAGAAGGCCAAGGAAGAGGGACACGAGUCAGUUGAGUCCUUGAAGGAAGCCUACGACGAAAAAAUCAAAGAACUCCGCCGCAAAGCAUCCACUGUAGCUACCCCAGAGCCCGAGACUCCCACACCUACAUCCACCACUGCCAUCCCAGGCACAUCCGCAGCAUUCCAACCUCCCCCUCCCCCUCCUCCUCCUCCCCAGGAAUCGCGCACCACCAAAGCCGCGCGCUCCGUCUCCGGCGACUCCAGCCCCGUCAAGCCCCUCAGCUCCUACCUGGACGUCGAGAAGAUCCGUGAACUCCCAGCCAAGGAGAUCGAAGCGCUCUGGCGUCUCCGCUUCGCUGAGAAUCCUAAUGUUAUCACCGCCGCGAUCCCCAUCAACACAUACAACCGCAUGAUCCAGUCCGCACGCGAGAACCCGCAGUUCAUCCUGCCCCUCCCGCGUCCGCAGACCCCCGAAGAGGCAGAGCAAACACCCGAGGGUGUCACUGGCACCGCAGCUGAUAUUCACUUCCUCCAAUGGGCUUUCCACCCGCCUGCUGAGGGGUCGACCCCGUCGCCUUCGAAUACCCACACCUCGACUGUGAUCUUCACAAAUCUGGGUGUUUAUAAGAUGCACGGCGCAUUUGCCCAGCCUCACACUACUGUUACUCACCACCUUGAUCUGGCGGAUGAUAAGGGUCUGGUCCUUAUGCAUGGCCAGAUUAUUCCUGAGGGCGGUGUUUCGGCCCCCGAGGCGACUUGGCUUGUUAGCUGUGUGCAGCGAUUCUAUGACUUUGAGGGACUGGCUUCUGGUCGGAAGAGUGAGCUUGUCCGCAUGUUCACCCGUGGUGAUGUUGAGAACUUCAAGGUUGAGGAACUGUUGAUUGAGGCUGAGAAACUUCCGUAG